UUGAAUGGUGAGACUGUCAGACCUGAUACCGUGUCACCCAGACUAAACUGACUAGUUCGCUGCCACUACUAUUGUUUCCUUAGACGAGAUGAGCUGACUGGAAGUACCAUAAGGAUAUCAUGGCUGCUCUCUGUAACAAGAAAUCGCUUAAACAAGAUUUGGACAACUUUCCGUCAACUUUCGAAUUUGAUACCACUUAUCUGGCUAUGGACCGAGUAAAAAGCAUAAUCAGGAAGCUAAAUGAUUACCGAACGAACACAAGUACGACCGAAGACGAAGAUAUAAAUAUAACCAACUUUCUGUCAUAUUUGUAUUUUCUGCUUGAUGACCAAGAACAUGCACUACAGCUUGUUGAUGACUCUCUUCAGAAGGAUCCUGAUAAUAUCAUAGCCAACGCAAACAAAGCCAGAAUUCUACUGGAGAGUGGGGAACUUUCUGAUGUCGAAGAAAUCUUAUCAAAACUCCAAGAAUUAAAAAAUGGAAACGAUUAUGGCAAAAGAAAAUGUUAUGCCGAAGCGGAUCUUGCGUACGCGUAUUCAAGGUCGGGUCCUUGGUACCAUGAAAAGGCGGAAAAACUGUACAUCGACAUUGUGGACGUAUAUCCAACAGAAUACACGUGGCAGUACCGACUUGGCUUGACUUUACUCAGGCGGACUCACCACUUUCAUUCACAGGCAGUAGGCGGACACAAGAAGAGAACUGUAGAUGCCGCUAAGAGGUUGCUAGCUGCCACGAAAUCCAACGAUCCCAUUUUAUGUGCGAAAGCAUAUGCUGAACUUGGCAGAGCAGUGUUCAAGUAUUGGUAAACGUAUGAAUCAGCGACUUACCACCAGAAAUAAAGCAGUUAAGGGAUAAGGAAUGCUUUGAAAAGGCAUUAGAAAUAUGUCCAGAAGAUCCAUCAGUGUUACAGACAUGUGGUCAAUUUGCGCGGUACAGAAACGACUUGGACGAAGCCGAGACACUUCUUCGCAAAUCACUUCGAAUUAAUCCAACGUGUCAUGGAUACCACCAUCUUGCUCUAACAUUAAAAGACAGGGUAGCAUUGGGAGUAGAAAAUUCACAUGAAGAAAACUUUGUAGAAGAAUCAGGAUACAGUUGUGAUUUUCAGUCUACGGUAUUCGACAGUGACGAAUCAGUACACCAGCAGGGUUUUAAUGAUAAACCACGAAGCAGGGAGGAGAGAAGGUCACAUUCCUCUGACGUACAGAAACGUAAUCUCCGUCAAAUGAUAAAGUCCCCAUUGACGGUUCCAGUUCAACCCAAAAACAAAUUACUUGUGGAGGCUAUAGGAUUGAUCGAUGAAGCAAAAAAAAUGAACUCAUAUACAUUGAUCAUGCAGUACGAUAAGGGCAUUCUAUAUCGAAUGUUAGGUGAAACCGCAAAGGCUGUUGAUGUUUUCAAACAAAUAAUCUUUAAAAGAAAAUGUCUUCCCACCAAAACCCUGUUGACUAAUGUCUAUGAACAACUUGGACUUUGUCUUUUAGAACUGAGUCAAUCGAAGGAAAUACCACCUGAUAUAAAGACGAAAUACAAGAAAGAUGGCCAAUCUCAUCUUUCUCAUGCUCUUCAACUUCAAUCGGAAAUAGUAGCAAACGAUCCUCAGUUCAAAGAGGCGUGGAACUCAUAUUCAACACUCAAGGAACUGUUGAGUGAUGAAAGUGAAGGGAAGCCAAAAGAACUGGCAGUUCUACACAUGCUCAUGGCGGAUCACAGAGAUUCAAUCGCAAUUUAUAAGGAAUUAAAUGAGAAAGACAAAAUGGAGCCAGACGACUGCAAAAACAUGUUGGAAUGUUACAUGAAAGUUGGCCAGUUUGAGGAAUGUGUUACCCUUUUAAGUUCAUGGGAGUGUACAACAAUUUUUGCGAUACUUCCUGAAUCUUUGAUCUUUGAUGUUUAUAUUAAUGGCGUCUUUCACGCCUACUCCACUGAUAACGCACAAAUAGCGUACAAACACUUCAGACGAGCAUUUAAAGUGUACGACAUGUUCAACAAGGACACUCACAUGCCAGAGGCCGACGAAGAUGAGAAAACAAAAGAUAUACUAAUAUUACACUCUUGUUCAGAAGACUGGAGAUGCGAAUUUCCAAAGAAUCUCGGAAAGAUUCUAGGAGACUGCACGGGAUUACGGUAUACCAUCAACACUGACGACGUGCUCGGGAACGCGAUCACUACGGAAUCGAUGGUUUCCAUGAUGAAGAAGAUACCUUGUAUCAUUAUCAUGACCCAUGAUAGUGAUGACAAAUAUGACCAACUCUAUGUUAACCAAGCUGUCCAGAUGAGCUCAGAGAAAGGGGGACCUAGAGUUUUGGUAGUGUCAGACGACAACUGCAAUGUACCUGAUAUUGCCAGAACAAUGCCUUUUAUCCGGGCGCCUCCACCGCUAGAGGGCGCUAUCCAACUGCCCGAUCAAACACCAGAUCAGUUACCAGAGAAACAGAUAGAAUGGGUUAGAAAGUUCAUCUAUCUACUGAAAGAUCAACACCGUAAGUAACGGUUUACGUGAUCGAAGGCGUCAUCAAAUGUUUCUUCUCUUAAAAGUUUCGUAUCAUCUCUUGUUUCAUCAAUGACCAGUAAAUUGUCAUCACUUGUUAUUUAUGAACAGUUUCGUGUCAUCAUUAGUUUAAUGAAUGAAUAGGUCCGCUUCAUCACUUGUAUAAUCAAUGAACAGUUUCACAUCGUCGCUUGUUUCAUCAAUGAACAGUAUCGCGUCAUCAUUUGUGUCUUCAAUGAAUAGUUCCACGUAAUCGCUUAUUCAAAGAAUAUCUAGUCGUCAUCACUUGUAACACCAAUGAACAUUUUUGCGUCAUCGCUUGUGUCAAUAAGGAACAGUUUCAAACCUACACUAGUUUCACCAAAACAAUUUCGCGUCAUUACCUGUAUUACCAAUAAAUAGAUAAUCAUCAUCAUCACUUGUUCAACAAAGAACGUUUUCGCGCCAUCACUUAUUAAAGUGCUUAAUGAUUUGAUCAUUUGUUUCACCAAAGAACACUUUUUCGCAAAGUUGGCAAGUGCUUAAUCUCUGAACUAAACUUGAUCAGUACGUGAUUACAAUCUUAUGUAAGCAAUAAUUAAUGAUUCUACAUAUCCGACAAAGAUCAAUUAUAAAAAAUUGAGAAAAAAAAUAUCUUAAAUUCUUCUUUAUCUUUAAUUUUACUUUCAAUCUUAUACCCGAUCAACAUUAGGUAGCUGCUUUCAUUUUCUUUUUUGUUGGUGUAAAUUAGAUAUACAUGUAUUUCUAUAUCACGGAUGCAAUUUUAUUUAUUUU